AUGUACACCCUGUCGAAUCCAAAUCUUUUUGCAACAUCGAAACAGCGUCAUUCAGGCUGUCCUACAGCUCGGCCCGUGAAGCCCGUGUCCCCCGUUCCUUCCGACAUCGAGAUUGCCCAAUCAGUGAAGCCUGUGCCUGUGAAAGAGGUUUUCAGAGGAGCUUUUAAUUUGAAAGACGAAGACGUUUUUUCCUACGGGCCGUACAAGGGCAAAAUCAACCUGAACAUUUGGGAGAAACUGAAGGACAAGCCAAAUGGACACUAUGUCGUGGUUUGCGGAAUCAACCCGACACCCUUGGGGGAGGGAAAAUCUACCACGACUGUGGGGCUUUCACAAGCCUUGGGUGCAUUCCUCGGGCAGAAGGUUUUGACGAACAUCCGACAGCCAUCCAUGGGGCCAACUUUCGGCAUCAAGGGAGGUGCUGCGGGUGGAGGCUAUGCACAGUGUUUUCCAAUGGAGGAUUUCAAUCUUCACAUGACUGGAGAUAUACAUGCCAUCACCGCGGCUCACAAUCUAUUUGCAGCUGCCAUUGACACACGAUAUUACCAUGAGAACAGCUCAUCAGCGAAAGGCAUUUGGAAUAGGCUUUGUCCUGUUGACAAAAAUGGCAAGCGAGAAUUCGAGCCGACCAUGUAUGCUCGUUUGGAAAAACUUGGCCUUGGGCACAAGAAGCACAAUCCAGAUUUGCUCACAGAGGAGGAAAUUGAAAAAUUCUGCAUCUUGGACAUCGACCCAGACACCAUCACCUGGAAACGAGUCACUGACUGCAGUGACAAGUACUUGCGGAAGGUCGAGAUUGGCCUCAGCCCUUCGGAAUUUUCCAAGAAGAAGAAUGAGCAAAUGAAGCGAACUUCAUCCUAUGGAAUCACGGUGAGCUCAGAGAUCAUGGCCAUCCUCGCUUUGGCCACAGAUCUGAAAGACCUGCGAACACGACUUGGGAAGAUGAUCUGUUGCUAUUCCAAGAAGGGAGAGCCCAUCACUGCAGACGACUUUGGAAUCACAGGUGCUUUGGCUGUUUUGAUGAUGGAUGCUCUACCACCAAACACAAUGCAGACUCUCGAGGGCACACCAGCUCUGGUGCACGCUGGACCUUUUGCAAACAUCGCACAUGGCAACUCCUCCAUCAUUUCAGACCUGAUCGGCUUGAAGCUGGUGGGCAAGGAUGGCUAUGUCUUAACGGAGGCAGGUUUUGGCUCCGACAUGGGCGGGGAGAAGUUCUUCAACAUCAAGUGCUACUACAGUGGAUUGAAACCGGACUGCGCAGUUAUCGUUUGCUCAGUGCGAGCAUUAAAGCUUCACAGCUGCGAGGCACCAAAAAUUGUUGCUGGCCAGACGCCUGCCAAAGAGUACCGCGAGGAGAACCUUCAUUUGGUAGAAAAAGGCUGUGCCAACCUCAUCGCUCACAUCCAAAAUGUGAGAAGACAUGGAGUCAAGGCUGUGGUUGCCAUCAACCGGUUCGGCACUGACACUGAAGCUGAGAUUGCUUUGGUCAAGAAGAUCGCUGAAGAGAACGGCGCUUUCUCUGCUGUCGUCGCGGAGCACCAUGCCAAAGGUGGUGCCGGAGCAACCGCCUUGGGCGAGGCCGUCAUGGCAGCGUGCAAGACCCCGUCUGAGUUCAACUUCUUGUACGAUGCAAAGAACGACAGCAUCAAGACGAAGAUAUUGAAAGUGGUGCAGGAAGUUUACGGAGGAGCUGAUGUGAAGUAUUCAGAGAAGGCUGAAGCAGUGCUGUCAAGAUACCAAUCGGAUCCUGCCAUUUGCUGCUUACCUAUUUGCAUGUCAAAAACGCAGUACUCACUCUCUGAUGAUCCCAAGAAGCUAGGAGCUCCAAAAGGCUUUACCAUCACUGUGCAGGACAUGUAUGUCAGUGCUGGAGCGGGCUUCAUUGUUGUUUUGCUUGGAGACAUCACCUUCAUGCCUGGUCUUCCCAUCAAGCCUGCAUAUUACAAGAUCGACCUUGACUUCUCUCAGAAGCCUCCACGUGUCGUUGGUUUGUCAAAAGCGGCAAUGCUGCACUGCCGCAAGGUGUUGCCCGCAAGGACGGCCAAUGCUUUAAGACGGGCUGCAGCCUUUUCAACCUUGCCAAAAGAUGGCCUGACGCUGGCAGACUUUAUGCCAAGUGCUCCAGCUGCUGCAAAGAGACCGCAACCAAUGCGAAAACCGAAAUGGUUGAAGAUGGUGAAUCCCAACUUGACACAGGAGGGCACUGAGCGGUACAAGGAAGUUAGGGCUACCAUCAAGGAGACUGGCCUGGCCACAGUGUGCCAAGAAGCACGUUGUCCAAAUGCUGGAGAAUGCUGGUCUGGUGGUACUGCCACAGUCAUGAUUAUGGGUGACACUUGCACCCGAGGCUGUCGCUUUUGCUCGGUCGCAACCUCUCGUAGCCCGCCGCCCCCAGAUGCAGAGGAACCUCGCAAGGUAGCUGAAGCAGUGACUCGAUGGGGCGUUGAUUACAUUGUGUUGACCAUGGUAGACCGUGACGACCUAGCUGACCAGGGAGCAGCACAUGUAGCGGCAACAGUAAGACAGCUGAAGCAGAGGCAACCAGAUCUGAAGGUGGAGACACUGAUUGGGGACUUUCAGGGUAAGCUUGACUUGGUGGAAGAGGUCCUGAAUAGUGGCAUGGAUGUUUUUGCUCACAACGUCGAGACAGUCGAGAGGCUCCAGUCAACAGUCCGAGAUCGUCGUGCAGGCUACACACAAUCUCUGAACGUCCUACGUCAUGCCAAGCAGGCUCGGCCAGACGUGGUGACAAAGUCCUCCAUCAUGCUUGGACUUGGAGAAACAGACGAAGAAAUUCAGCAGACUCUUCGCGAUCUCCGUGAUGUGGGCGUUGAGAUGGUGACAUUUGGACAGUACCUCCAGCCAACCAAGAGGCACAUGAAGGUGACUCGGUAUGUGACCCCGGAGGAAUUUGACCAGUGGCGUGCAGCUGGAGAAGCUCUAGGAUUGCAUGUGGCGUCCGGCCCCAUGGUUCGAUCCUCUUAUCGCGCAGGUGACUUCUACAAAAGUAUCUACAAGGAUCGCAUGACGAAAGGAGCCGCAGCUGCGCAAGGCCUCAAACAGAGACCGCGUAUGGAAGUGGCAACUCAGCCCACUCUCUGA